AUGACUAUUCUCAUUGACCAGCCUGAUUUUGAAGCUGGGAUUGAGGAGAGGCAUAAGGUUGCUAUUGAUGAGAAUGAAUUAAAAACUUUUGAUGGGGGAUUUGUGGCUCCACAUAUCAACUCUUUUGGCCACAAUUUCAGAGAUUAUCAUGUGGAAAGUGAAAGGCAAAAGGGAGUUGAGGAAUUCUACAGGACAAAUCAUAUUAACCAAACUGUUGACUUUGUGAGGAGAAUGAGACAGGAAUGUGGAAAAAUGGAGAGGGUGGAAAUGAGCAUAUGGGAAUGCUGUGAGCUUCUGAAUGAAUAUGUUGAUGAGAGUGAUCCUGACUUGGAUGAACCUCAAAUUCAGCACUUGCUGCAAACUGCUGAAGCUAUUAGAAAAGACUAUCCAGAUGAGGACUGGCUCCACUUGACUGCCCUUAUCCAUGAUCUUGGAAAAGUGCUUCUUCAUCCUGCUUUUGGUGAGCUUCCUCAAUGGGCUAUGGUGGGAGACACGUUUCCUGUUGGAUGUGCCUUUGAUGAAUCAAUCGUUGACCAUAAGUAUUUCCAGGAAAAUCCUGACAACAAAAAUCCUGCUUAUAACACUAAAUAUGGGAUUUACUCUGAAGGUUGUGGCUUACACAAUGUCUUGAUGUCAUGGGGGCAUGAUGAUUACAUGUACUUGGUACACUUCCAACCACAUUUCUCUUUUUUUAUUUUUCUUUACAAGAGUUAAAUUUAAUUACAUUUUAGGUGUGGUGCAUAUAUGCACUUAAUUAAUGAAGAAGAUAUUGAGAAUCUGAAAUGGCUGAAGAUAUUCAAUAAAUUUGAUCUUUACAGCAAAAGCAAAGUUCACAUACGUGUUGAGAAAGUCAAGCCAUACUAUUUAUAUCUCAUCAACAAGUACUUCCCAGCCAAGCUAAAAUGGCAAUGUGGGAGCUGAAGCAACGGGACUUUAGCACAUAAGAGAGCAUAAAGGGCAUGUAUAUAUGAAUUUCUGAUGCCUUCUUUUGAGUUUAAUAUUUAUUUUCUCUUUCUGUGUUUUAGUCGAAAAAGGGAAAUU